AUGAGUGCUCAGCUCAAACAUAUCGCCAAGUACACCCAAGGCUAUCAGGUGCUCUUUCCAGACUCUGCCAUUCUUCUCGUGCAGUCUUCCAUCAAAGACACAUUUGCCAGCGGUCUGUGUCCUGCGAAGAUAUAUCAUUUGAAUGCGGGCAUUGCAGCAGAUGCGAAGCAGGCUGAUCGGUUGAAUGUGGCUGCCGCUGUGAUCGUCAGCUAUAAGGGCUCGUCAGACAAGGACAGGCCGAUCCUUCUCCACUCGAUGUCAAACGGCGGCGGCAUCGCUUCCACUCGCCUAGCCACAAUCCUCAGAAAUCAGGGACACGGGAAGAUCUUCGACCGCCAGGUCCUCGACUGUCAGCCCAGUCGUCCUCACCGCGGACUCGGAAUUCGAGCAAUGGUGAUGCAACUGCCUAGCAACCCAAUCAUACGCUUCAUCGGAACCUGGGUCCUUACUGCUUGGACCUACACCGGCUGGUUCCUGCAUGUGACGCUGCUCAGACGGGAAGACAUUAUCUCACGUCUGCGACGACUCGAGAAUGACCCUAAUCUGUUCGAUUUGAGCCUCGACAGGCUGUACAUGUACACGAAACAGGACGCUCUCGUGCCGUGGAAAGAAGUCCAUGAGCAUGCGCAGGAGGCAAAGCGAGCGGGCUAUCUUGUAACGGAAGAUAUCUUUGCAGAAGCUCCGCACUGCGCACUAGUCAGGGAGGACGCGGACAGGUACUGGCGGCAGAUUGAGGAAUUGGCUCGUGGCCCAGCCUAA